UCUCCUGUCGGCGUCGGGAUGGCCUUGAGAGAUUGGGAUCUGUGGGGGCCUUUCUUCUUCAUUGUUUUCUUGGGUCUCACGCUCUCCUGGUCCGCCUCCGUUAAGAAGUCUGAGGUAUUUGCUGUUGCAUUUGCACUGCUCGCAGCUGGUGCAGUAAUCUUGACAUUGAAUGUACUACUACUGGGUGGGCAUAUCGUUUUUUUCCAGAGUUUGAGUCUUCUAGGUUAUUGUUUGUUCCCUCUGGACGUAGGAGCCCUAAUCUGUAUGAUGGAGAACAAUGUCAUACUCAAAAUGAUUGUGGUCUGUGUAACAUUGGCUUGGAGUUCAUGGGCUGCCUAUCCUUUCAUGAGUUCAGCUGUCAACUUGAGUAGGAAAGCACUUGCACUCUACCCUGUUUUUCUUAUGUACGUGUCUGUUGGUUUUCUUACCAUUGCCAUUGAUUGAAGUUUCUUCCCUUCAGGGGUUUCAAAAGAGUUACCAAACCUUACAUAGGAAUGUCUAGUUACUGUAUUUUUUUGACCUGACACGAUUUUAUUGAACACCAUUCGGGGUCUAUGAUAUAAUAGCUGCAUCAGAUCCUUUUUAUUCUACUACUGUCUACUUUUGGUAGGGAUGAUUUAUGGGCCCAAGCUGUAACAGGGUGUAUUAGGGAUUGAUCUAUGAUAUAAUAGCUGCAUCAGAUCCUUUUUAUUCUACUACUGUCUACUUUUGGUAGGGAUGAUUUAUGGGCCCAAGCUGUAACAGGGUGUAUUAGGGAUUGAGCUUUAUUUCUUUCUCAUCUCUUUCAAGUUUUAUUUGGGGAAGAGGAUUUGAACCCUUUUCUUCUCUUCUAUUUUAUGUACUAAAUUGUUUACAAAUAAGAAUUCUAAUCCAUCGGCUUUCAUCCUAGAACUUAAUUUCUAUCGAAAUAGGAAAACAAUGCAUCAUCAUGGUCUUUGGAAGGUA